AAUACGAUUACCUUCUAUCCAUCGUCGCGCAACAAGGCAAUGAGCGGUGCGCAGGUGGAGGCUAAUCCUGUUUUGAUCUAUCUUCUUCUGAAACUAGAGAGCAGUGUUUGUUGGAUAUGAGCUCGCUGACAAUUUCAUUUAGGGCUGCCACUCCCAGAACGCUCAGCUCCAACAACAUUUCACCUGAUAAAUGUCUAACGACGAAACAAGUCUCCAAAUUUACCUACACCCGUACCCCAAAAAUCUCUUCUUCUCUUCAAGAACUGGAAAUGAAGGAGAGCCCAGCUUCAUUCGGCAGAAGAGGAGCAAUUGGUUGUGGAUUCCUACUCGGCCUUGCCAGCUUUCUCCUACAACCAUUGCCUGCAACUGCUGAAGCCACACCAUGUGAAUUCACAACAGCUCCGUCGGGCCUUGCAUUUUGCGAUAAAGUUGUCGGGACAGGCCCUGAGGCUGAGAAAGGACAGCUAAUCAAGGCACAUUAUGUUGGAAAACUAGAGAGCGGAAAGGUGUUUGAUAGCAGCUACAAUCGGGGGAAGCCGUUAACCUUUCGAGUUGGGGUUGGUGAGGUUAUAAAAGGUUGGGAUGAAGGUAUUCUUGGGGGCGAUGGAGUUCCAGCAAUGCUUCCGGGAGGGAAGCGGGUUCUAAAGCUUCCUCCACAACUUGGGUAUGGCGCGAGAGGUGCUGGAUGCAGAGGAGGUAGGAUGAAAUUUCUGGUUGUUUUCGUGUACUGGGUCUUGUAUCAUUCCUCCCAACUCAGUCCUCUUAUUUGAUGUGGAGUUCAUUGGGAAGGCAUGACAUCAUCGUCCAUCCUGGUUCCUUUCGCAUCUUCGAAUUUUUAUUACAUUUUUUAUUUACUUAGAAUUACAAUUACAAACUCCUCAUACUUGGUUUGGUGCC